AACUUCUCUGUACAUCACCCGAUAUUUGUCCACUGCAUAAACCAUACUGCACAACAAGUGGUUGUGUAUUCGAAUGUCCAAAAUCAGCGUAUAUUAAUGGAACGGAAUGUGUUGCUGAGUGUGGAAAUCAUUUUGUUUUUGAUAAAACAUGUGUAGAUCUUUGUCCUAGAAAUACGAUUUUAAGAGAAACACCAAAGCUUCUUGGAAGAGACAUCUAUAUUGAAAAACUAUGCGUGACCUCGUGUGAUCGUCACGAAUAUAUUUAUAACGGCAAAUGCGUUAAAGCAUGUCCAUCGACGCAUAAGUACAUACACGAAAAUAAUUGUACAACUGGUUGUCUACAAAUUACGCCAUUUAUAAAAAAUGUAACAGUAAAUGGUAUAUCUUUCCAUAAAUGUGUAAAGGAUUGUGAAUAUCUUAUCGAAGGCAGCUUCUGCACCAAUGUUUGUGACCGGAACAAAUAUAUCUUUAAUUCUAGGUGUAUAAAUCAGUGCCCAGCUUCACAUUCUUUUUCAUAUAAUCAGUAUUGUUUGCAAAACUGUACUGGCAUGACUGUGAUAUUUGGCAAUAACACAUGCUUGUUCAGAUGUCCAAUAGAUUACCCUUACGUUUUCAAUAACAUGUGUGUCAAUCGUUGUCCUAAAGAGAGCGCAUAUGUUGUAUCAAAAGAUUCAAAAUAUAACAGACUGCAUUGUUCGGCAGAAUGUCCACAAAUGAUGUUUAACCACAAUUUGACAUGUGUUGAAAAGUGUCCUUAUGGAACGGUUAUUGACAAUAAAAUGUGCAGAUCACAGUGUUCAAAACAUCGUCCGUACUCUUGCUUUUUCCAAAAUAACAAUCCAUGCAGCGUAGAUAUUCAUGAAGUUGCCCAGAAACAAACAAUAUGUCGUGAGCUUUGUCCUAAAAAUAUGUUCACGCUUGAUAUGACAUGCGUGUCCAAUUGUCCUUCUGGUUACAAGUAUCUAAACGCAACCUGUGUUUAUAUAUGUCCGAAUGAUUUUCCAUUCGUGUAUAACAAUAGUGUGACGGAAGAUUGUGAUACAGAUAUUUGUGUAACGGUUACGGUAAGACUUACAUGUACAAAGAGUUGUCCUGAUUCCAUGUAUAAAAUGAAUCAAAUGUGUUUGCCGGCUUGUCCUGAUGGGCUCUUCACUGUUAGCAAAACUUGCAAGAUUGUUUGCCCAAAAAUGUUACACUUGAAACGUCAUACUCACAUUCCAUAUGAGAAAUAUGAUUUAGUAAAAAGUGGGUGGAGUACUUAUUGGAGAAAGCAAAAUAUUCAAGUAGGAAUUAUUGAAUGUGUCACUGCAUGCCGUAAAAAUGAGUGGAUUCUUAACUCCACAUGCAUGGAUACUUGUCCAAAUAAUACUUUUUUUGUAAAUAGAACAUGCAUCUCCGAAUGCCCGCAUACUUUCAAUUUUAUCAUUCAACGGACAACAGUUAUAAAAUGUUCACUUUAUUACAUGUGUGAAAAACUAUAUCGUUACUGGGAGUGUCUACUUGAAUGUCCACCAGGAACUUACCAAUUUAACUCCACAUGUGUAUAUGAGUGUCCACAUUUUACAUUCAAAUUUGGCAAUUCAUGUGUGAAUGAGUGUCCUGAAGCUCAACGAUUUCUUCUACAGAGUAAAAGAACUGUAAGCCGAUGGAUACAAGUAGGAUGGUUUCAGAAAAGAUUGUCAAAAGUGAACCACACUGUGAAUGCAGGGUUUAUUUGUUUAAAAUCGUGCCCGCCUGACAAAAAGAUUUAUAAUUUCACAUGUUAUGAUCAAUGUCCAGCGCAGUUAUUUCUUAAUGGCAAUAAAUGUGUUAAAGAAUGUCCUCCUGAAAACCCAUAUAAAUACAAAGGAAAUGUACAAUGGUCUUGCAUUCGUUACUGUAAUGACAAAGAGUCAUUUUUUCAUAAUGGAAGGUGUACCAAAAACUGUCCUUUACCUCUCAUUGGCUACGAUGGUUUAUGUACUGACAAAUGUCCAGACGGUUUUAUUUGGUGGUAUGAAGACUGCUCAAGAAACACAGUUGCUGUAAUUUGGUUUGCAGUAACAUUUGGAAUCGACAUCAUCUUAUUGAUUUUAGGAAAGGAUAUUUUAAAAGAAUACUUCACUGUCCUUCACAUGGCAUUGCGUAUGAAAACCCAUCAAACAGAAAUGACGAAAGGGCGAAUUGAAGAGAACAUUACAAAGAAACUCAGUAACAACACUGGUCAGUUCAGAUUUGGAAAGAAAACUCUGGUACUUGCUGUGUCCGGAAUCUCUUUGACCUUUGCCUUAGGAUAUUUUGCUUUCUUCAAAUUAAAGAUAAAAAAGAAUUAG